AGGCGGAGGAGGCGGCGCCGGGCCGGUGCCUGUCGCUGCUGCCCUGGGACCGUUUCUCGGCCUGGCUGCACUGCGUGUGCGUGGUGGGUUUCGACUUGGAGCUGGGCCAGGCCGUGGAGAUGUGGGGAGAGACAGUAAGCUUACAUUUUUUUGCACCAGUAAGGUUUUUACAGUGACUCGUUGAGAAGACAAGUUAUGAUAUAACUAGCAGCUGUGAUAAUGAAGACUAUCUGAGUAGGAAAGAGCACUGAUUUUGAGGAGUGUGAAAGUCAAACUCUAGCAGAUGGAAAAAGGAUAGUGUUGUGAAAUGUGAUUUCACUACCAUAUACUGAAACUAUGAUAGACAUGGACAAGUCAGUAAUAUAUCCUCAGCAUUCAAAACUUACAGAUAAAGAGAAAACCAGUAUUUGCUAUUUGUCUUUUCCAGAUUCCAAUUCAGGUUGUCUUGGAGACACACAGUUUUGUUUUAGAUUCCGACAGUCUUCUAGUAGGAGGCUCUCACUGCAUUGUAUGCUGGACCAGCUGGACAGAGACUUACCAGUUUCCUUAAAGAAGGACCCUGCAUAUUACUAUGGCUAUGUAUAUUUUAGACAAGUUCGAGACAAAACAUUAAAAAGAGGCUACUUCCAGAAGUCCUUGGUUCUCAUCAGCAAACUACCUUAUAUCCAUCUUUUCCACGCUGUGCUUAGGCAUAUAGCACCAGAAUAUUUUGUAAAGAAUGAACCUUUCCUGGAAGCAGUUUGUAGUGAUGUUGAUCAUUGGCCACCACCAGUCCCAGGGAAAACACUAAAUUUGCCUAUUAUGGGUAUUAUAAUGAAGGUGCGGAUUCCAACAUGUCAUGACAAGCCUGGAACAACCCACAUAGUACAGUUCACACACGAGGAAGACACACAGAUCUCCAUUGCUUUACCUACUGUUCAUGAAGUGGAUCUUUUCAAAUGUUUCUGUCCAGUAUUCUUUCACAUUCAGAUGCUUUGGGAACUAGUGUUGUUAGGAGAACCAGUUGUUGUUAUGGCACCAUCACCUUCUGAAUCUUCAGAUACUGUUCUGGCACUUGUUAGUUGUAUUUCACCUUUGAAGUACUGCAGUGAUUUUAGGCCCUACUUCACUAUACAUGACAGUGAAUUCAAAGAAUAUACUACUCGUACACAGGCCCCGCCUUCUGUCAUUUUAGGAGUGACAAACCCUUUUUUUGCUAAAACACUCCAGCACUGGCCACACAUCGUCCGAAUAGGAGAGAUUAAACUUCCAGGUGAAGUUCCAAAGCAAGUGAAAGUGAAAAAGCUGAAGAACCUAAAGACUUUGGAUUCUAAACCUGGUGUUUAUACAUCUUAUAAGCCAUACUUGAACAGAGAUGAAGAAAUUAUAAAACAGUUACAAAAGGGUGUACAACAGAAACGUCCUGCAGAAGCCCAAAGUGUAAUUCUUAGACGUUACUUCUUGGAACUGACACAAAGCUUCAUCAUUCCAUUAGAACGUUAUGUGGCAAGCCUGAUGCCCCUGCAAAAGAGCAUAUCUCCAUGGAAGAGUCCACCACAGUUGAGACAAUUCAGCCAAGAAGACUUUAUGAAAACACUUGAGAAAGCAGGACCACAGCUCACCUCUGGAUUAAAGGGAGACUGGAUAGGACUUUACAGACACUUCUUGAAAUCUCCAAACUUCAAUGGCUGGUUCAGGACCCGGCGGAAGGAAAUGACACAGAAGUUGGAGGCCCUCCAUUUAGAAGCGCUCUGUAAUGAGGACUUGCUUUUCUGGAGUCAGAAACAUACUGAAGUAGAAACAGUGGAUCUUGUCUUAAAGCUAAAGAAUAAACUGUUCCAGGCUGACAGAGAACAUCUACCCAUGAAACCUGACACUAUGGAAAAGCUACAGAUGCACAUUGAUGCAAUUAUACUAGCACUCCCAGAUGACUUACAGGAUAUUCUGCUCAAAACUGGUACAACAUGAUUUGUAUUAGGAUUUUUAUGCUGCAAACACACAACAUAUUCCAAAGCUUCACGGAAGAGACUGGCAGAGAUCAAUGGACUGGAGCUGCAAAUGGUAUACUAACACUUGUAAUUGACAGUAGUAAUAGUGGAAAAACAAUUUUUAGCUUUUCUUUUAAAAUAGAAACCUACAGGGGUUCCACUUAAAUACUGAUGGAACUAAAGAAUUUCUGUGUUCAUUAUGUUUAAAACCAAGUGCUCUUAUUAACAACCUGUGGGUAUAUGAAAUUAUGAAACAUGCAGGACCACAAUGCAAUGCUGGCAUUGCAGAAUGUUUUUUUUUUAAAUUGGUGCCGCUGUGCACAGUAAUGUUAACUCAGGGGGAAGCAACAUUCACAUUGGCUUUGUAAAGAGACUGUCCCAUUUAAGGUAAUAUCUAAUUGUUUUUAAUGCCUUCUUUCUUUAGAUAUUUUUAAUCUGAUGUUAAAAACUAACAGCCAUGCUAUUGUGACUUGGAUGAAGUACAUAAUAGUUGAGGAAUUGUGUUGGCAAAUCAAAAUUUUAUGAUAUAUAGAACUGCUAUUAGCAGAGACAAAUGAAAGCAUUAAAUAGGCUAUUAAUCUUGUUUUACUUUUUUACUUUUUUUUUUCUUCAAUGAUUAUAUUACAUCUGCCUCUGGACAGAAAAGAAGGCAUCUGUUAAAUAUAUCCUAAGAAAGAGAAACUGGUAUAUUUUCCUUUAACUUUGUCCAUUUAAGGUCAGAUAAUGGGUAAUUGUCUUCACAGGCCUUAAUGCUUACCCCAGAUUAGUUGUAUUUUUAUCAUUGAACAAUUAAAAUAAUUUUAAAGCUGAACUGCUGAAAUUAAGGAUUUAAGUUUCCAUUAAUCUUAACUAUAUAGUCUGCAUCACAAAAUAUAAAGUGUUGCUUACUAAAUAUACCAAGUUUAAUGUUACUGUUGCUCAUCCUGUAAUAGAUGUCAGUAGUGCUAACUGGCACAGAAUCCACUGUAGUUGAGGAUCAUUGUAGUAGUAAUCUUAAGGUGUGCUUUUCUCUCCUGCCAGGAAAUGAUUGUAUUAGACUGUUUUUUAGGAGGAGGAAAUGGGGAGGAGAGAGGAGACUAUAUUACUUUCAGCUGAAGGAAUCUUGGGGAUUGUUGAGACUAUAUCCAGAAGGAGUUGCAGCACAGUUAAGCUACUUAAAAUACAUGCAUACAGUAAACAUGCAUAAAUAAUAAUUUUUCAUUCUAUAUUAAGCAACAAGAAUUUGUUGCCACUAGAUCACCUUAAACCAAGAAAACUAAGACUGGUAUAAGAAGUGCACAUUUGCUCUGCAUGCAAAGAGUGACUUUGAGGAUCCAUUCCAAGCAGGAUAAGAUGAAGCCAUGAUGUACAAAUAAAUACAGUACAUACUUUAUACUCUUAGAUGACAAGUGGUUCACAGUGAGCAAAAGAUUCUGCUUUACGUACUUUGGGUAGAAUACGAAGUCUUGUAACGUUGCAAUCCUGCUAUGGAAAAAAUGCCUUUGUAUGAUAAAUGUUUCAUACUAUCUUUCUAAAAAUGUCUUAUUUAGGUAUAAACUGUCACAUUGUUAUUUUUAAGAAAAUACGUAUUUUAAUACUUUUACAGUUUAUAUAACAUUCAUGAUCAGAAGUUAGUUUAACGAAUUGUAUCAAGACUGUCAUUUAAAUUAUACCACUAUGGCAUUAAUUAAUCUCUAACUUGCAAUUUGUUUUGCACAGCUGAUGACUAGCAUUUCUAACCCUGAAACUGAAAAGUGGCCAUUAAAAUAUUUAACUGAAGCACUGUAUGAUAUCUUAUAACUGUGUAAACUGGCAUCAAUUAUGUCAGCCUAUUACCACUUGACUGAAAAUAUGUAUUUUUGUAAAAGGAAAUAAAUGUCAAUCUUUUGGAAUGUU